UGGUUAGGCCCGCGGCAGCAGCGGGAGGAGCCCGGGCGGUGUCCGGGGACAGGCGAUGUGGGAGAGCCGGGCUUUUAGUCACAGCUCCGUGCAGGCCAAUCACCGCCGCCAUGGCGCGGGUGCUGAUCGUGGGCGCCGGGCCCACCGGCAGCCUGUGCGCUGCGCUGCUGCGGAGAGAGCUGCCGCAGCGCCCGCUGCGCAUCGUGCUGUGGGACAAAGCCCGGGGAGCCGGAGGAAGAAUGACUACAAGCAGGAGUCCGCAUAACCCUCGCUGUACUGCGGAUCUGGGCGCACAGUACAUAACGCUUAGACCCGCCUAUGCCGAAAAGCAUCAAAGCUUCUACGAGGAACUUUUGGCCCAUGGUGUGUUGAAGCCGUUGACUGCCCCUGUCGAAGGAAUGGUGAUGGAAGAAGGAUCUCACAAUUUUGUGACAUCUCAGGGAAUCUCUUCAAUUGUCAAGCAUUAUUUAACAGAGUCAGCAGGUGCAGAUGUCCUCUAUGAACACCAUGUAACACAGAUCUACCUCAGAGGGGGGAAAUGGGAGGUCUGCAAGAAAACAGGAUCACCAGAACAGUUUGACAUAGUUGUUCUCACAAUACCUGUUCCACAGAUUCUUCAACUUCAAGGUGACAUUGUGAACAUAAUUAAGGAAAGUCAAAAGCAGCAAUUGGAAUCUGUGAGCUACUCCUCUCGUUAUGCUCUGGGACUCUUUUAUGAAGCUGGCACAUGGAUUGAUGUCCCCUGGGCUGCACAGUACAUCACCAAUAAUCCCUGCAUACGCUUCAUCUCCAUCGAUAAUAAGAAGCGCAAUAUAGAGUCUUCCGAAUUUGGGCCAUCUGUUGUUGUACACACCAGUGUACCAUUUGGAACUGCACAUCUAGAAUGGGAUAAGGAAAAGGUGCAGCCGAUAAUCCUGGAUCAUCUGGAAAAUAUUAUGCCAGGUCUGCCUAAACCAACUAGCAUCAAGUGCCAGAAGUGGAGAUACUCUCAGGUUACAAAAGCCAUCCCCAGUUGUCCAGGACAAAUGACUCUUCACAUCAAACCUCUCCUGGUGUGUGGGGGCGAUGGAUUUACUCAUUCCAACUUUGACGGGUGCAUAGAUUCUGCCAUAUGUAUUGUCGAGGCUUUAAAGACUAAUUUAUAAAGCGGUCUACAUAUAGUUUUAGUUCUAUGGUGAAUUUUACCAUGAUGUUAAAUUUCAGUGUAUUGUUGACCUGAUUGGCCUACAUUUUGCAUUAGAAAAAAAACAUCAAAAAUUGCUUAUAUCUGUUUGAAUGGAAAUAAAUUUUGAGGACCCUG